AAGAACUUGUAUACAACAUAAAAUGCCUAGAAAAAACAUGGCUAAAAAACAGCCACUUUUAUUUGUUAUGUUUUUUUUGUACAUCUUCUUAGCAAAUGCUUCUGACCCUGACCCUGUCCAAGAUUUUUGCAUACCUAGCAACAAUUCCAUACCCUUGAGAAGCACCAAUUCUCAUUUCCACUUCCUCCCAUGCAAAUCCUUGGCCGAGGUGACACCGGAAGAUUUUAUAUUUUCCGGGAUUAAACAUCCUGGAAACUUCUCAGACAUAGGUUUUUCGGGUAUCUCUGUAACACCCUUAAAUUUUCCGAGUCUGAACACCCUUGGAAUGUCGUUUGCUAGGGCCGAUCUUAAGAUUGGGGGUGUUAACGUGCCACAUUUGCAUCCAAGAGCCACGGAGAUUGCAUAUGUGGUACGAGGGAGUGUUUACUCAGGAUUUAUUGACUCCACAAAUAAGGUUUUUGCCAAGAUCAUUGAGGCAGGGGAGGUUAUGGUUUACCCUAGAGGGUUAGUGCAUUUUCAAAUGAAUGUUGGCAAAUCUCCGGCAACGAUAAUUGGAAGUUUUAAUAGCCAAAACCCAGGAAUUAUAAGGAUCCCUAAUGCAUUGUUUGGUGCUGGAGUUAAUGAUGAGUUGCUUGAGAAGGCUUUUGGUAUGACCAUUGAGGAAAUUAGCAACAUUAGGAAGAAAUUUUUUCCCAAAAAGAUUACUUAGCUGGGACUUAUUAUUUGUUUUAUGUUUAACUUUCUUAAUCCUUCUGCCAUUUGAUUAUGGAAAGAAUUUGUAGGUACCUUAUGAGAAGUUCUCUAUGAGAGCUUUAGGCUAAGUAAUGAGCACAACUAUCCUACUAAAUUAAUUUUGUAA